AUGAAGAGAAGUCUCGUCAUUGCUUGCAUUUUGGCCACACUCACUGUGCUAGCAAACAGUGAGCACCAUGGAUCACCUCCAAACUCUCCAGCACCGGCACCUUCAGUAGAUUGUACCGAUGUUUCAUUCGACAUGUUGGAUUGUAUAACCUAUUUGUCAGAUGGUAGCAACGUUGCGAAGCCCACUGAUUCUUGCUGUGCUGGAUUUGAAGCAGUGCUUAGUCUGGAUUCUGAGUGUCUAUGUUUUGCGUUAAAGCAUAGUGCAGAUUUUGGCGUUGCUGUGAAUCUUACUAGGGCUGCAGCUUUAUCUUCUCUGUGUGGAGUUUCUGGUCCUCCUCUCAGUAAAUGUGGAAUCUCCGUGCCUCCUACCGGUGCACCUGCUACCCCUCCAUCCUCCACACCAGUCCCAGCUCCACCAACAGAAUCUCCACCAUCUCCUGUUAUAGAACCACCAACGAAUAACCAACCUUCAGCCCCAGUUCCAGCGCCAUCGAACAGUGGUGAUAAUGGGGGAUCAGCAGCAGCUCCAGCACCAGCACCAGCAAAGGGGAUGGCAAAUUCUAUUUCUUCUCCCUAUUUGGUUUUUAUUAGCUGCGCUGUUGCUUCCACUUUUUCUCUUUUUCUGUGGGUUUAG